ACCGCACGAGACCCGAAAGAGCAGCACCAAGCCGCAACCCGCCCGCACCUCCCUCGAUCAGACCUCCACCGCGGCAAACCCCACGCCAAACCCCACGCAGACCAAACCCCACGCACAACCCGACCGACAGCCUCUUUCUCCGUCCAGUCUGCCCGUUCGGCGCCAUGGAAACAGGGGCGUGGCUCACCCUUCUGGGUCUGGUUCUGGCCCUGGCUGGAGUGGGCCGGGCCCUGCAGGAGGACGGGGUGCUGGAGUCCGGCGAGCGCUCACGGGGAAACUCUGACGAGCGCUACACAGAGCAGCUGGCCGAGGUGCUGGAGGGCGGAGACCAAGCGGGACAGGGGCUGGACCAGCGUCUCCUGACAGCCGUCCUGCACUCCCUCUUCCAGGGCACACAGAGGUACGGCCGCAACCCCUCAAUCCUUCACCAGCCACAGAGGUUCGGGCGGGGUGCUCGGGGGGCCCUCCUGGCAGAAGGGCGGAUACAGUCCCGCGACUGGGAGGGCGUCCCGGGACAGAUCUGGAGCAUGGCCGUGCCACAGAGAUUCGGGAAGAAGUAGGCCACGGAUCAGCAUCAGGGCUGGCAGAGACACUAAGACUCGCGGGAGAGACCAGAAGAAACCGGAAAAAAAAAACCUCAAAAAAAGUUCAUGAAUAAAACAUACCCCACUCUCAAUUUUUAAAAAUGCCCCCCGCUUUCCCCCAAACCACUCAGUUCCAACCCAUUUGGUCUACACCCCCCUUCCCACCUACAACAUCCCACUUUUCCGGCAACCAAUCACAAAGGUCCACUGCAUCCGGGGGGCCUUUCCUGCAACCAAUCACAGACCUCCACUGCACCCAGAGGGCCUUGCUGCCAGCCUAUUGGUGGGAGCUUAGGGUUUGGUGGUGGAAACAGAGAGCAAAUGGUGCGUUUCACAGAGUGGGAGUGAAACACGCAGGCUGUAAAUAGAAAUGCUGAUGUGCUCAUUGGCCCCACCACCCCUGUCUUUGUUUGUUCAAUAAAAGCUUCAGAUGUG